AAAUCCUACCUUUUGCUACCUGGUCCUAUAAAUAUACAGAUAUAUUUAUAUGAUUAUCUCUAUUCAAAGUACCCGUUGAAUUUUGAAUUUUUGAUGAGCCUGCCCUCUAGCUAAUCUUAUUAUUAUUAAAUUUAUAUAUUUGUCACAAAUGUAUAAAUUAUAAUCAUUUUCAAGCCAAACCCAUUUGAGAGAAUUAAGCUAUACCUUUCUCCUUUCAAAAUUUCCAAGUACUUUCCUUCCAACUCUCUAAGCCGCCACCCAUAUAUCUUUAACAUACAUAGAUUAUAACCCAUUUUAAUUAAGCAAUACCCUUCAGAGAAUUCAAUCUGUUUUCUCUCCUCAUUUUUUUCCAAGAAGAAAAAAAUGGAUGUUGUCAAGGAGAAACGGAAGAAAACUCUGAUAGCCAAGGCAUGGGGAAGGUGCAAAUCUCUUGGAACUGGCUUAAAAAAUAUCAACAGUAGCAAUAAUAUUAUCAAGUCUUCACUGAGGAGGAGCUUCACGGUUGGUUUAUCUCCACCACCACCGGCGGACGGCGACCAAAGGCGGCGGAGGAGGAGCCACGUGGCACCGGAAGGGUGUUUCUCGGUGUAUGUGGGUCCAGAAAAGCAACGGUUCGUGGUGAGAGCAGAGUUCGCAAAUCAUCCACUUUUCAGAAUGCUUUUAGAGGAUGCUGAGCUGGAAUAUGGGUUUAACAGUGAAGGUCCAAUUGUGCUUCCUUGCGACGUCGUUUUGUUCUGUAAAGUCUUGGCCGAGAUGGAGAACGGCGGCGACGAUGAAGAUGUGUUGAGUGGUGGUAGUGGCCAUGGUUGUAUGAGUAGUGGCUUUGCUUUACGUAUUUUGAGUCCAAAUAACAAUGGUUUUUCCGGCCAUAGUUAUGGUUCUUAUAAGCUUCUUAGUCCUUCACGUUUGCUUAAGAUCAGUCCUUUAUAAGAACUUUUAUUUAGUAAAUAUUUAGAAGUAUAUAUAAAACAAAACAAUACAUUUCCUGUUGGUAUAUAAUUAAUAUUCAUUAUUGUA